AUGUCGAGUUUGCUGGACACAGGUUCAUCUGCGUUUAUCAGAAACACCGCAGCCGACCAACUGGCUGACCUCGCAAAGCAACAUCCCGAAGAAUGUCUUAACCUGCUGACGAGGGUAUACCCUUUCCUAAAGAGCAAAAAAUGGGAGACUAGAGUCUCUGCCGCUAAGGCAUUUGGUGGAAUAGUAAACCACGCAGACCAGUGGGAUCCUAACUCCGGUCAAGCGAAAGAUGAGGAAACGGAUGUGAAAGAAGAGGCCAAAGAUGGGUUGGUACCCGUGAAACUUGAAGAAACCGUUGCGGAGCUGAAAGACAUGAUCAAAGACCAAGACGGUCAUCUUGUUUCUUUCGACGAGUGGAAUCUGGUUGACGUCAUACAAAGUGGUCGUAGGCUACUGGCCACAGCAGUCAACGAUUACAAUGGCAAACUGGAGGAUCAGGGCAUGCCAGACUCGAAGAAGAGGAAAACAGAUCUUUCGUCUCGGCUUGGUCUAUUUGAUGUUUCUCCGGAACCCCAGGUUGACUCCGAUACCCCAGAGGUCAAAUCGGAGAUAAAAUCGGAGGUCAAGCCCGAGAUUGACCAGCCGGCGACUCAGGCACAGAGUGCCAGGAUGAGAGCAAUGGCGAAAAGAAAGGCCAGAGCAAGUGCAAAGGGUGGUUUGAAUAAGGCCAAGGCAAUUGAUCUCUCUGAGAGUUCCGUCAGCAGACGACUCGUCGAGGACGGAACCAUAAAAGAUGAAGACUCCAAACAGGAUCUUGCCCUUGUUGCAGACGUUGAUAUUACGGAUCAAGCAGACGGUUCCAAGAUUGUGGUGGAGCACAAAGUUCCUGAAAUAUCUCCGAUUCUGUCCAAGCACUCUAAUGUUACUGGAUGGGUGUGGCCAUUCCAAGGUGUCUUUGAGCUCAUGGUCAAAGACCUCUUCAAUGACGUCUGGGAGAUCCGUCACGGUGCAACAAUGGGACUUCGUGAACUUCUGAAGAAACAUGCCACUGGCGCUGGUCGCGUACGUGGCCAAUCAAAAUCCGAUAACGAUAUACGGAAUACUAGAACUCUGGAAGAUUUGAGUGUGCGAUUGCUAACUCUCUUUGCAAUCGAUCGUUUCGGAGACUACGUCUCAGAUACAGUCAUUGCUCCAGUGCGAGAGAAUGCGGCUCAAACGCUUGCAGCUCUCUUGAUCCAUCUUCCUGAUGACACUGUGAUCAAGACGUUCAAUGCCUUGACUCAGCUGGUACUACAGAAUCCUGUCGAGCUUGGACUUGUUGUACCCUGUUGGGAAGCCAAGCAUGGUGGUAUGUUAGGUCUCCGUUACUUUGUCAGUGUAAGGACCGAUACUUUGUUUGCCCACUCGGAGUUGCUGGAUAAAACAAUACAAAUGGUGUUGCACGGGCUCACUGAAUCCGACGAUGAUGUCCAAAGUGUUGCAGCGUCUACCUUGAUCCCUAUAGCGAAAGACUUUGUCAGACUCAAGCUGGACUCCGUGUUCGAAAUCGUUAACGCCAUCUGGGCAGAUCUCUCUGGACUAAAGGACGAUUUGUCUGCUUCUAUUGGCUCCGUCAUGGAUUUACUGGCCAAACUCUGUUCUCAUGAGGAAGUCUUGGCCAAGAUGAAGAGAGACUCAGAGGUUGACGAGACGCGCAACUUCAAGCACCUCAUUCCAAGGCUUUACCCCUUUUUAAGGCAUUCUAUUACCAAUGUGAGAAAGGCAGUACUUCGAACUCUGCAGGCAUUCUUGUCGAUUCAAGAUGAUGGUGUAAAAGGGUGGGUGGACGGAAAGAUUUUGCGUCUGCUGUUUCAGAAUUUAUUGGUGGAACAGAAUGUGGACGUUUUGAAUCUUUCAAAAGAAGUGUACAAUAGCCUUGUCGAUGAGAUCAACAAAAAAGACACCCACAGUUCCAUGGACGUCAUCUUCAAAGAUCACGCCAGUCCUCUUCUAUCUCUCGUGCUGACUCCUAUUGGAGUUGCCAGGCAUAACUUUGCCAUGAACUCUUCCUUGAUUCUUCGUCCAAGUGGAACCACGCUAUCAUUACCAACAGACUCGAUUGAUGGCAAUGGUGAGUUUAAACGUGGAAGAAAGAGAAAAACACCUCCUGCAACGAACGGUGCCGUUCCGGUGGAGAAAGGUAUUCCGGAAACAGAGUACGAUAUGAGAGUCAAUAUUGAUGCACCAAUGUACAAUGGUGACGUGACUCUUGUUGGUGUCGACGUUUUUAUACGCACCAGGCUCGCAGCAGCCGAUGCCUACGGUCGCACUUUGGCUUCGUUCACAUAUCUGGAAAACCUGAAGCCAAUCUUCAACGAUAUCAUGUGUGCGUUGAACGAUGUAUUCGGGACCUCUCGUUUAUUCGCGGGCUUAAUUCUUGAAAAAUACGGCCGUGGCUUGAUUGAUGCGGGUAAAGUACAAGAACCAUACGUCGUGGACACGUUUUUGCCAUUUCUCAACUCAAUUCUGGCUUCUCCUGAGGAUCUUCCCGCAUUCCGUGAACUCACGCCGAUUUUGAAAAGUUUGAGGAUGCAAUGUCUUCAGCUCUUUUCUCUGUUAACAGAACAAUGCAAGGUCUCCUUUCAUAAGCUGCCCCAAUUAGCAGUGGUUGUUCAAGGUGAACUUGAAGCCGGUCCUGACGCCUUCGAUAUCAAGAUGGCGGAGAAGGUGGUAGAGGAAAUAUACCCCAAGAUCUUGAAGAAUUUGAGUCCAAUGGUUAGAAUGUCACAUAUUACCGCUCUGGAAGAUGCCAAGCAUCGAAUCGUAUUUGCAAUCGAAGAAGCUAAAAGCUCCAGGGGUGAAAGGUCCAACGCGAUUUUGGCAGCACAUGCAAGUGCUUCUGUUGUCUUAGGAGGACUCCCCAAAAAGCUUAAUCCCGUCAUCAGGUCUUUGAUGGAAAGCAUCAAAAUGGAAGAGUCAGAUCUUUUGCAGAAAAGAUCGGCUGAAUCUGUGGAUCAUCUCAUAUACCAGCUCAUAAAAUCUGGAAAACAAGGUGCUUCUGAUAAGAUGAUCAAGAAUUUAUGCGGUUUCAUCUGCGUUGAUACAUCGGAGGUGCCAGAGUUUGUUCCUAAUAGGAGUUUCGUUGACAUUGUUCUUUCACUCAGAAAGGAGGAGGCUAAGACUGAUGCUGUUGACAUCGCAAGACACGAAAAGGAAGUUCACUCAGCCAAAAUCAAGACGCGUGGUGCCAAGUUUGCUCUCAAUGGUUUAUUGGAGAUGUAUCAGGAGAAGCUAUUCAUUGAAAUACCCAAACUAAAGGGUCUGAUGUUGGAGUCAUUGUCCCUUGUCAAAUCAAGUUCUGGUGAAGGUAAAAUUGCUAUCGAAGAUUUGCAAGGACAGUCUAUCAUUGAUGCUUUGGGUCUGAUAAGAGCUCUGACACCAAACUUACACGAAUCGUUGUUCCAGGAAGUCUUCGACAGAUUGGACUCCGUGUUGGAAUGUCUGAAAUCGGAUUUCUCGGUCUUUAGGUACUCCGCUGCCAAAUGUUUUGCGACACUCUGUGCUACUGUUCCCACUCUGGGUUUCCCCUUUUUGGUAGAGAAAGUUUUGACAAUGUUGAAUAAUGCUGGGGUUUUGCGUGAGCGCCAAGGUGCGAUCGAAUGUAUCUACCAUUUGUCAGGUACUAUGGGUGCCGAGAUUCUGCCAUACGUUGUUUUUCUGAUUGUUCCAGUCCUUGGUAGGAUGAGCGAUUCCAACAACGACGUUCGUCUGUUGGCAACCACAACGUUUGCCUCUAUCAUCAAAUUGGUUCCUUUGGAAGCAGGUAUUCCUGAUCCUCCAGGAAUGCCAAAGCAGUUGUUGGAAGGCAGGGACAGGGAGAGAGAGUUUAUCCAGCAGAUGAUGGAUCCUUCGAAGAUCAAGCCAUUUGCACUGCCUGUUUCUAUCAAAGCCACUUUGAGAAAGUACCAGCAAGAAGGUGUCAAUUGGCUGGCCUUUUUGAACAAGUACCAUCUGCAUGGUAUAUUGUGUGAUGAUAUGGGAUUGGGCAAAACUCUGCAGACUAUAUGUAUCGUCUCUAGUGACCACCAUAUGAGGGCAGAAGUACACGCCAAGACAGGAUCUUCGGAUUCGCGCAAGCUCCCUUCUUUGGUUAUUUGUCCUCCAUCUUUAACAGGGCACUGGGAACAAGAAAUUCAACAAUACGCUCCAUUUAUGAGCGUGUUGGUUUAUGCAGGCGGGCCUUCAGUGAGAUCUGCCUUGCGAUCCCAGCUGGGAGAUGUUGAUGUUGUUGUGACCUCAUACGAUGUUGCUAGAAACGACGCCGAGCAUUUGUCCAGUCAGGAUUACAAUUAUUGUGUCUUGGACGAGGGACAUAUUAUCAAGAAUGCUUCCACAAAGCUGACGAAGUCUGUGAAACGGAUUGUGGCGGAGCAUCGUCUCAUACUAUCGGGCACACCUAUCCAGAACAAUGUGUUGGAGCUCUGGUCUCUGUUUGAUUUUUUGAUGCCUGGAUUUUUGGGCACCGAAAAAGUCUUUCAAGAAAAGUUCGCUAAGCCUAUUGCGGCAAGCAGGAAUGGAAAGACAUCUUCCAAAGAACAGGAAGCAGGUGCUCUUGCUCUUGAGUCAUUACACAAACAAGUACUGCCAUUCAUGUUGCGCCGUUUGAAGGAAGAUGUUUUGUCUGAUUUACCUCCUAAGAUCAUUCAAGACUACUACUGUGACCUCAGUGAUUUGCAGAGGCAACUUUACAGGGAUUUUGCAAAGAAGCAAAAGGAUACAGUCGCUACUGAUCUGCAAAAGAACACAGAAGAGCCCGAGGCUCAGAAGGAGGGGAAACAGCAUAUUUUCCAGGCGUUGCAAUACAUGAGGAAACUGUGCAAUCAUCCUGCCCUGGUGUUAUCUCCGAAACAUCCGCAGUAUGAUGAUGUGAUGAAGUAUCUUGCUGCAUCAAACAUGGGAAUCCGUGAUAUCAGACACGCCCCAAAGUUGAUGUCGCUGCAGAUCCUCCUCAAAGAAUGUGGAAUAGGCGCGACAGAACCUCAGCUAGAUUCCAGAAAACAAAUGGUGCCAUCAGAAGGAGUCAUCAGCCAGCAUAGAGCACUGAUCUUCUGCCAGUUGAAAGAUAUGCUUGACAUGGUGGAGAACGACUUGCUCAGAAAAUACAUGCCCUCUGUGACUUACCUCAGAUUAGAUGGUGGAACCGAUCCAAGACAGAGACAAAACAUCGUGCGCAAGUUCAAUAACGACCCGUCCAUUGAUGUGCUGUUACUUACAACCAAAGUUGGUGGUUUGGGUUUGAACUUGACGGGUGCGGAUACCGUGAUAUUCGUAGAGCACGAUUGGAAUCCGAUGAAUGAUCUUCAGGCCAUGGAUAGAGCGCAUAGAAUCGGCCAAAAGAAAGUGGUCAAUGUCUAUAGGCUAAUCACAAAGAAUACUCUGGAAGAGAAAAUCAUGGGAUUGCAGAAGUUCAAGAUGAAUAUCGCUUCUACAAUUGUCAACCAACAGAAUGCAGGAUUGGCCUCCAUGGACACCGGCCAAUUGCUGGACUUGUUCGAUGUUGAUGAUAAGGGAGGUUCUGCUUCUGCAAUUGAUCCUGGAGAGUAUGCCAACAAAAACGAUGCUGGUUCUGACAAGCAGAAACCAGAUUUACCCGAUGAAGUUGGUUUGGGCAAGAAUGCAACAGCAGCAAUGGGUGAGCUAUCGGAGCUGUGGGAUGAAUCUCAAUACGAAGAGGAAUACAAUCUUGAUUCGUUUAUCAAGGCACUGAAAUGA